AUGUCCCCACUGCCAUUGCUGGCAUCUGGGCAGGGAGCGGCCAAUGUGGGCAAGUCUGCUUUCAUCUGCGCGUUGCUAGACGAGAUGGCGAGUCGGGACAUCAUGGCAGCAGCAGCACGGCGUCGUCGCCCCGUGGCCUCUGCCAUGCCGGGCACCACCCUGGGACCCAUCUGCCUCAAGGCCUUUUCCGGUGGAGGGGACCUGUACGACACCCCCGGGGUGCAUCUGCACCAUCGCAUGGCCGCCAUGCUGCAUCCGUGGGAUCUGCACCACCUCGGCCCAAAGCGACGGCUGAGAUCGUUCGUUGUCACCGGGCCUCUGGACCAGCACACAGGCGCAGGCAAGGGGAGAGAAAAAACAGAAGAGAAAGCAGAAAAUGUGGAGAAACAGGAGAAGAGGGCGCAGAAAGAGAGUGUAGAGGGAGCAGGAGCGGAAGAGCGUGCAGAGGGGGGCACCAGAGGAGAGCAAGAGGGGCUUCAGGGCACCUCUCUCUUUUGGGGCGGCCUCGUUCGGAUCGAUGUGGUGAAGGCGCCAGCUGGCGCAGCUCUCACCUUCUUUGGCCCCGUGGCCAUCCGCGUGUCCUCCGUGCCCACCCCUGCUGCCGAUGCCUUCUAUGAGGCUGAGGUGGGUCGCCUGCUUGUGCCGCCAUCCAAGCCAUUGGAGGAACCGGCCUGGGAGGGGCUGCCAUCGCAGCGGGCCUUCUCCUUCCGCCUGCCUGCCAAGCGCUCCAGCCCGGUAGCCGACAUCGCAAUCUCCGGCCUCGGGUGGGUUUCUUUGUCUGGCGUGAAGCCACGUCAGCGCACCAACCCUGAUGCUGACGUGUCAUCUAGUGACGCCACCACCAGUGGUUCAGAUGCUGGACGCGUGAAGCCUACUGGCACUUGGGAUGAUCCCAAUGCUGCGAACUGUGCUCACGGCGAUGUCGCUCGCUUUGAAGAGCCUGGAAAUUUAUCACAGGGCAAGGAUUACAAUGACGAAGAUGGUCAUGGGAGCAGAGGUUUGUUCGAGAAGCAAGAAAGCGAUGUGGAGGUGGUUGUGCAUGUACCCAAGGGCAUUGAGGUGUUUGUACGCCCUCCCAUGCCCGUUGGGUGGUUUGCCAAUGACUGGUAUCAGUACGAGGAGCUCAGUGAGAAAGAGGAGAUGUCGAGACCUCGGGGCGAAAUGGCAGGCGUCGGGGAAGCCCCGCCACCUGCGCCUCCGCCUCCGCCUGCCAUGGCUGCUCCGCCAGGUGCUCCGCCAACGAUGCUUCCGCCGACGGCGGAAGAGACAGUCCCGCUGAGCCUGCUGACUACUGCGACGGUUCAGCAGACCAUGCGAGAGCUGCGACAGCUGAGCGAGUCGCUGGCUGCGUCCCGUGCGACGGCGGAGGCGAGCGGACGAGGUCCCGACGACGAGAAGCAACGAAAGGUCGCUCUGCUGAAAUUCCUCUGGCAUACGCGACAGAAGCUGCUGCGGCUACUCGUUGUAACGAAAUGGUGCAACCAGCUGCCCGUGAUCGAGCGGUGCAAGCAAGCGUGGACUGCGCUGGCCAAUCACGACGCAGCGUUCGUACAAGCGGCGGACGGAUUAUGGAUGACCCACGCGCAGAUCCAAGGGGCGCGCGCGCCUCUCUACGACGUUCCUACGGCCGUCGAAAUCCUCUCCACGCACGCUUACCGCCGGCUACCCGCUUGCGUAGACGAUCUGCAGCUCCCGCCGAACCUGAUGCUGCAGAGGCUCGGACCAGCUGCGGUGGCAGGGCUGGUACCGCCUGCAGGGGUUGCUGCAGCAGCGACGGCAGCUGCUGAAGCAAUGCGGUUGCUGGGAGGGGAGGAGGACGAGGAGGAAGAGGAGGAGGAGGGUGAGAGGGAGGGGAAGGGGAAAGGGAAAGAGGAAGAGGAGGGAGAAGUGGAGUCUAAGGGCGUGAAGGGAACCACCAUUCCUGCUGUUGCUGCUGCUGCUGCUGCUGCCACUGCCGCUGCUGCUGCUGCUGCUGCUUCUCCUCCUGCCGCCGCUGCCACACCUGGCGCCACAGCAGGGGCUGAUUCUUUCCCAACCAUUCCCGCGAUGGCCAAGGCGAAGCGCGCGAGGCUUCGAGCCGCCAGGCGCAGCGACAGGCGAGCCGCUGUAGAGCAGAUCAACUCCUUUCUUCGAACGCGGCUGCUGGAGACACCCAUUCCCCCGGAGGUGACGCGGGUGCGGGUGGGAGGGGGCAAGGUGCGCGUGUAUGUGGAGGGCGAGUAUCAGGCCGAUAUCACUGCUGGUUACAUGUCCAACCUGUCUCUUUGGAAGGUGAUUAAAGUGAAGAUUCUUGUACGGGGCGCGGAGAACGUGGCAGAGGGGGAGGGGGAAGAGGAAGAGGAAGAAGAUGAGGAGGAAGAGGAGGAGGAUGAGGGGGAGGGAGAGGGCAGAAAGGAGGGGAAGAAGUGGCGCCAGCAGCGAUCACAGGGGAGGAAAGGCACGGCGUCAAGGCAUCACGGAGGGACACGCAGCAGAGUAAAGGGCGUGAAGGGCAUCCCUAUGAGCGAGGUGCAACAGAUGGCGCUAGCAGACGAGCUUCAGCGCCGCAUGGCAGCAGCAGCCGAGGACCCAAUCACAGCCCUCCACGUGGUGCUCCACCAGGUGUGCUGCGGCGUGGCAGCGGACGAGAUUCUACUUCAGCUGCACGCGCUCUGCGCCGCCCGCUGGCGCCACCACGUCAAGUUCGAGUGGGAGCAAAGGAUGGGUGGCAGGGGAGGGGGAACAGGGGGAGUAGCAGGGGCAGGGGGACCAGGGGGAAAGGGCGGAGUGGGGGGAGCGAGGGUCAGUGGUUCAGGAGCAGCAGCAUCGAGUGGGGGGCCAAGGGAGGGGGAACGAUCCGGGGCAGCAGAGGCAGGAGCAGGAGGAGCGGGGGCAGGAGAACCAGCCGGGGGUGCAGCAGGGUUGCCAGCGGUUCCAGAGGUAUCUCCUGCGGUGCUGCAUGUGUGGUAUUGGCUGGACCCAGGGAAGGGUGAGAGCACAGGGGGCUCGUCGUCAGUUGUGCUGGUCCGGCUGGGGAUUGUCAGCUUUGAAAGCUCUUCUGCUGCUGCUGCGGCGGCGGCAGUUCCUGCUCCUCCUCCCUCCUCCCUGUUCUCUCGCCAGCCGUUGCGCACCCAGCUCAUAUGCCAGCAUACGCCGCCCGUGGUGGACCCCGAGACGGGCGGCGAGGUUUGUCUCUAUCUGGACCCGAGCAGGAUCGACGUGGAGAAGCUGGUGUUGUUUGCCGCCCGGUGUUCUGCGCAUGCCAAGCUGGCGCGGUUAAGGCGAGACCUCUUGGCCUCUCCGCUGCUCUGCUGCGGCCCUCAAGACUUGCUGCUCUCUUUCCCUCCUGCUCCCUCUCGCUCCUCCUCCCACUCUUUAUCUCUCCCCACCGCCCACUCUCCUUUCUCUGAUAACCCUCCACCUCCACCUCCUCCUCCACCUCCAUCUCCUCCUCUGCAUCCUUCUGCAGAUGCUGCAAAGAGUGCAGUGCUGCCGACGGAAAAGCCACGCGAAGAGGGGGAAGAAAAAGGGGGAGGGGGGUUGGAUGGCGUUGGCAAAAGGUUGGGGAGUGUUCUGGGGAAGCGCAAGAAGCUUAUGGAAUCUCUGUCGUUUAUCAAUGCUGGCAUGCCAGACAGUUGUUGUGUUGAGGAUGGUACUGGUGCUCAUGGUGGUGGUGUUUCAAUCCGUGAUGACCCACCAAGAGCCAAGAAGCAGAGGCAAGGAGACGAUGGGAGAGGGGUGGCAGCAGCUGGGGGUGGAGAGCGGUGGAGAGGCAGCAGCAGAGGUGGGGAGCGGUGGGGCAGGGAAGCAUCUGGGUCGAGAGGGAGGGAGGUGCUGUGGGUGCGGGCGUGUGGCGACUGGUUUGCUGCGAUUGGCGUGAACACACGGACCGGGCGGUAUGAGGUGUGGGUGGGCGGCAAGGGCUUGUCCUGGGCGGCGGCGAGGGACGUGGAGGGGGCGCUGAACAGUGGGAGCUCGACAGCAGGCGACGCGCUGGUGCUGCUGCGCCUGCACUGCCUGCACGCCCAGCUCACCGCUGCGGGCAUGGCUCUGGGUUUGGUGGUGGGCGCGCUGGUGCUAGCGGCUGGAGAUCCCGAGGUGGUCGCCCUGGCUGGUUCUGGGGCAGGAAAGGGGACAGAUCGGGGGAAAGGGUGGAGGGGUGUGGAGGGGAAGGGAGGGGGCUGGGGGAGAAUGAGCAAGGGGGGGAAAGGAGGGGAUGGAGAGAGGAAGGAGAUGGUGGGGGGAUGGGAGGAGCUGUUAGAGGUGGCGGAUGACUGGGAGAGUGAUAGUGAGGGGGAUGGUGAGGGGGAUGGUGAGGGGGAUGGUGAGAGGGAUGGUGAGAGGGAUGGUGAGAGGGAUGGUGAGGGGGAUGAGAGGCACAGAGGGGUUGGCAAUGAUGGGGAGAUGGGCAAAGCAGGGCGAGAUGGGGAGGCAGAAGGUGCAGAGCAAGCAGCAGCCGUUGAUGGCAAGCAGGGUGCAGAUCGUGUGGCUGGGGCCGUCGAUGCCGCUGCAGCGGUUGAAAGCGGUGGUGUUGUUGAUAAAGACACCACACCCAUCAAGAAGCGCAAACGCCACCACACCACUCACCACCCAUCCCAACCCCUUCACUGCGCUCUGAUUGGCCGGCCGUUGCAGGAGCUGGUGCAGCUGGCAGGGCGGGGCAAGGCCCCUGUGUCCCUCAUCUUCUCCCUCGUGCUGUCCCGCGCCCAGCAUCUCGCUGCUGCUGCUGUCAAGCACUCCCUCCUCUCCUCCCUCCUCUCCUCUGCUGGUGUCUCCACCUAUCUAGAGGAGUGUGUGCGCAUGGACGACGCAGGCCUGCUGUUGGACGCCAUUCGCCUCACAGCAGCGCCGCUGCACGCCUUGCACUCUGCCAUCCGCCCCCUCCGCUCCCUCUCCGUCCCUCCCGCCGCCCUGCCGCCUUCGCACCACCACCACAACGCACACCAGCAACCACAGCAGCCGCAACACGUGCAACAAAUGCAUGCUAAUGCCCCUGCACAUGCGGCAGCAGCUGCUACUGGCACUAAUGCAUCGACUCCUACAGACCCCACACCACCGGAAGCUCCUGCUUCCGCUGCAGCCACAACAGGAACCCCUACCCCUGUCACUGCAUCCCCAGCAGCAGCAUCAGCCCCAGCAGCAGCAGCCGCAGCAGCAGCAGCAGCAGCGGCAGCAGCGGCGGCAGCAGCAGCAGCAGGGGCGUCGCGGGGGCUGAUGGUGGGAGCAACGCUGUGCUCAUUCCUCCCAGGAGACAUCACCAUCAUCCCGCGCGGCCCCUUCUCCUUCCGCAUCGUGUACCGCCACGACUUUGCCAUCCACAUGCGCUGCUUCGCGCCAGACUUCGUCUGGCUGCAGCCCGCCCCGCCGCCCAAAUCCUACGACCUGCCGCCCGGGCUCGUCGCGAUGUUCCCUGAAGGCUCUGCUGCUGUUUCGGCUGCAGCAGAAACUCCCAACGGUGCUGCUCGGGGUGGGAACAGGGGUGGUGGCAACAGGAGGGGUGGGGCACCUGGAGGAACCACUCCAGGCAACGGCUAUCCGAAUGGGUCAGCCAGUGGUUCUGCUGGUGCUGCAGCUGCAGCAAGUGGGGUGAUUCGAGGGGAUCUGUCUUUGGGAGGGUCCUUGCCCUGCCCACAGUUCCGCCCCUUCAUUCUGGAGCAGGUCUCUCUGCUGCUCUCACAGCUGGACCGACAUGCCCCUGACCUUCCCCCUCCUCCUUCUGCUGCGUCUGCUCAUCCUCCUGCCGCUGCCGCGCCUGCUGCUGCUGGUCCGGAGUCCCACACGGCGAUGGUGGGGCUCUCAGAUGACGGCGGGUACGGCGGGGCGUGGGUGCCCGUGGUGCUGCUCAAACGCGUGCUGCGCAGCAUGCUGCGGUACCUGGGGACCAUUGCGCUCUUUGCCCGGUUCCCCUCUGUGCUGGCGGCUGUGCUGGGUCCGGCCAUGGGGACCAGGGAGGCUGGGCUGCUGUCUCAGGAUCCGGAGCAGCCUGCCCUGCGGUUCUUCAUCGGCUUAUGCUGCAAGUUUAUGCAGCUCUUUGGUGUGAAGCUCGCUGCUGUGCUGUGUACGCAUGUUGUCAACGCCCGCAUGGCCCCCCAACGCCGCCCGCCUGCCAUGACACCCGACGCUGACGUGGACAUGAGCCCCGCUGAGCUGGCAGAGAUCAGCGAUCUCUUCACCCGCAAGGUGGCAGUGGAGCCCUUCGACGUUUCCCGCCUGUCUUCGUUCGUGACACUUGUCAUGCUCCCUUUGGCCGUGAUCCGCGAGUUCAUGGGCUUGCUGGCCUUGAGAAGGGAGCAGCAGCGACUGCUGGCCGCUGCUGCAGCUGCUGCUGCUGGAACAGGCGGGGCAGCAGCAGGGGAGGCAGUAUCAGGGGGAGGUACUGCUGGUGGGGCUGGGGUAGGUAACAUCCCUAGCAUCCCCCCAGCUGCCCGGAUCGCAGUUGACCUGUGCUUUGAGAAUCGCAUCGGCCUAGGCUGGGAUCUCCCAGAUUCUUUUGGGAGACACAGUGGAGGGCCACCUGGGGGAGGUGUAUUGGCAGGGCAGGUUCACCCAGGCUCUGCUACAGCUGGGAAUGCAGCUGGCAGCGGUAGAACAGCCGACCGCAGCGAUAUCAGCUACAGCCGGGCAGAAAGCCGAGUGGAUUUCUCUCUUGUCCUGCUCGUGGACCAUGCCGCCCUCUCCGCCGCCCACCUGCCGGUCCAAAUCACGGGUGGCGCAGGCUGGCUGGCGCACUGCAUCUCGGUCCGGCUCCGCUUGCACUUCUCCGCCGCCCCUGCCAAUCCGGCAGCUGCUGGUGCAGGCGCUGCCUCUGUUGCCCCCGGUGCACGAGGGCCGUUGAUUCUGCAGCUGUCUCUGCUGGCCGUUGAUGGUAGUCAUGGCGGGAAAGCAUGUUGGAGUAAGGCAGAGGACUGGGACAGGUGUAAGCAGCUGAUUGGCAGGGCGAUCAAGGAAAUGCCACCACCUCCACCAGCAGCUGCUGCAGCAGCUGCCGCCGCAGUAGCAGCAGGUGGUGGAGUAAAGGAAAUGGGGGUGGUGGUGGGAGGUAGAGGGUGGUUGAGAGUGUUAUCCGAGAGGUUGCAGGCAGCAGUGCACUCUGCGCUGGCCUCGUCUCACAGGGUUCCUCUCGACAAGCACCUCCUCUGCUCUGGCUCCUUUUCCUCCCCCCCACCCCAAUUUCUCGCCUGUUUUUCUCCCACCCAUCCGUCGCUCUCGCUCCCAUCCCGCCCUUUCCUCUCCCUCACUACCCGCCGUCACCUCUCCAACCCACCUCACAAUCACUCCGUCCCACCCCGCCAUCUCCUCUCCCUCCUCCCCGCCGUCGCCUCUCCCUCCUCCCCGCCGUCGCCUCUCCCUCCUCCCCGCCGUCGCCUCUCCCUCCUCCCCGCCGUCGCCUCUCCUUCCUCCCCGCCGUCGCGUCUCCCUCCUCCCCGCCGUCGUCUCUCUUUCGCCGCCGUCGCCUUCCCCUCCUCCCCGCCGUCGCCUCUCCCUCCUCCCCGCCGUCGCCUCUCCCUCCUCCCCGCCGUCGCCUCUCCCUCCUCCCCGCCGUCGCCUCUCCUCCUUCCCGCCGUCGCCUCUCCUCCUCCCCACCGUCGCCUCCCCUCCUCCCUGUCGUCGCCUCUCCCUCCUCCCCCCGUCGUCGCCUCUCCCUCCUCCCCGCCGUCGCCUCUCCUCCUCCCCGUCGUCGCCUCCCCCUCCUACCCGCGUCGCCUCCCCCUCCUCGCCUCGCCUCUCCCUCCUCCCCGCCGUCGCCUCUCCCUCCUCCCCGCCGUCGCCUCUCCUCCUCCUCACCGUCGCCUCUCAUUCCCUCCCCGCCGUCGCCUCCGGCGACAAGUGCACGAGCGCAAGCGGAAGUUGGUUCGCGAGCGCGGGUCAGUGCGCGAGCGCGAAUUGGUGUGCGAGCGCGACUUGUUUUCUGAAGCACCGUGA